AUGUCUACUAAACCAAUUGUCCUUAGAUUAGGUACUGUUAGAUAUGCUCAAGAAGCAUGGAAAGAAUUAGAAAAAGUUGCCACUGUUAUUGUAUCAGAAUCAAAAAACCGUGAAGAAUUCAUCAAAGAUCUUCAAACUAAAUAUUCUCAAGUUCAACAUAUUACAAGAACUUUUGAUUCUGCUAAUGAAACUGGUCUUUUCGAUAAAGAAUUGAUUCAACAUUUACCAAAAUCACUUAUUUCAAUUAGUCAUAAUGGUGCUGGUUAUGAUCAAAUUUCUGCUCCUGAAUUAAUUGAACGUAAAAUUCAAUUAUCAAAUGUUCCAGAAAUUGUUGAUAAUGCUACUGCUGAUAAUCAUGUUUUCUUAUUAUUAGGCGCUUUAAGAAAUUUUGGUCAUGGUCGUCAAAAUUUAUUAGCUGGCGAAUGGCCUUCAAAAGGCAAUGCAUCUGGUGCUCCAAUUGGUCAUGAUCCACAAGGGAAAGUUGUUGGUAUUGUUGGUCUUGGAGGUAUUGGACGUACAAUUCUUAAAAGAUUACAACCUUUUGGAUUUGAAAAAUUUAUUUAUCAUAAUAGAAAUAGAUUACCUGAGGAUUUAGAAGGUGGUGCUGAAUAUGUUUCAUUAGAUGAAUUAUUAUCAACAUCAGAUAUCAUAUCAAUUAAUAUUCCAUUAAGUCCAAAGACAAAACAUUUUUUCAAUGAAGAAAAAUUUUCCAAGAUGAAAAAAGGUGUUGUUAUUGUUAAUACAGCUCGUGGUGGUGUCAUUGAUGAAACUGCAUUUAUUAAAUAUUUAACAAAUGGUACAGUUAGAUCAGCAGGUCUUGAUGUUUUGGAAAAUGAACCAAAUGUUAACAAAGAAUUAAUUAGUUUACCAAAUGUUUUAGCCUUACCUCACAUGGGUACUCAUACUGUGGAAACUGUUAAAGCUAUGGAAGAACAUGUUGUUAAGAAUGUUGAAAAUGUUAUCAAGACUGGUAAAGUGAUUUCAUUAGUUCCAGAACAUAAAAAUAUUGAUUUUACCAAGUGA